AUGUACUCCCAAAACCACCAGCAAGGGCACAACGCCCGGCUGAAUGGGGCGGGCCGCGGGAUGCCGAACCUGCUGUUCAACUACCAGCAGCAUGCCCAGCAUCAGCAUCCGUCCCAAGCCCAGCACCACCAGGGCCUGCAGCACGAGCACGGCAUCCCCAACGCCAAUGGACUGGCGCACCACGCAUCCUUUGGUUCCGCCGUCAUGUCCAACUCGUCCGCCUUCAAUGCGAACCCCGUGCCCAACGGGCACUCCGCCAGCGUCCGGGCCGGCCAGGGGCCUCCCAACGAAAUGUGGCAGGAGCAGUUGCGCAUGCACAAGGAAUCCGAGCGGGCGCAUUCGGCCAUGACGGACCAGCAACAACCGCACUACUAUGCCCGGCUGAAGGCGUCCGAGAAUAGGGGCAUCGGAGGCCCCUCCCCUUCGAAUUCCAAAACGCAGGCCGAUGGCGAGAACGAACCGGACGACAGGCGGCCGCCCUACAACCUGGACAAGGAGGCACGCCGGCAAGACUGGCACAGCAUGGACAUGAGCGGCCAGGGGCUCCGGAACCUGGCCCCCGAGCUGUUCCGAUACCAGUUCCUCGGCGAGCUCUACAUCGCCUCCAACAAGCUCACGCGCCUGCCCAAGGAGAUCGGGGAGCUGCGACAGCUGCGCCACCUCGAUGCCUCAUACAACCAAAUCUCGGAACUGCCGCCGGAGCUGGGCAUGUGCACCUACCUGCGACAGCUGCUUCUCUUCAACAACAACAUAUCGGAACUGCCCUUCGAGCUCGGCUCCCUCCACCUCUUGGAAAUGCUUGGUAUAGAAGGGAAUCCCUUGGAGCCCAACCUGAAGCAGGAAAUCAUGGACAAGGGUACCAAGAGUCUCGUCAACGCGCUGAGAGAAGGAGCUCCGAUCCCCCCUCCGCCAGCGCAACGAGCCAACAUCGUCAUUCAGGAAGAUGUCAUGGAAGGCUUGGAGCGGGUCAAGGUCUUCUCCUGGAACGUCCUCUGCGACAAGUACGCGACCGCCUCGACGUACGGCUAUACCCCGACUGGUGCACUGCACUGGGAGUACCGCAAGGACUGCAUCUUGGAGGAGCUCCGGCUCCGGGAUGCCGACUUCCUGGCUCUGCAAGAGGUCUCCACCGAUGCCUUCAAGGAAGAUCUCAGCCCCGAGCUGGCCCAGAUGGACUACAAGGGAGUGCACUGGCCCAAGUCACGCGCCAGGACCAUGUCGGAGAAGGAUGCCCAGUCGGUCGACGGUUGCGCCAUGUUCUACAAGCAGAGCAAGUACAUCCUGCUCGACAAGCAGCUCAUCGAGUUUGCGACCAUCGCCAUCAACCGCCCCGACAUGAAGAACCAGCACGACGUCUUCAACCGCGUCAUGCCAAAGGACAACAUUGCCGUCAUCUGCUUCUUCGAGUCGAGACUUACCGGCGCCCGCCUCAUCCUCGUCAACGUCCACCUCACCUGGGACUCGGCUCUGGCGGACGUCAAGGUCAUCCAGACCGGCAUCCUGAUGGAGCACGUCACCAAGCUGGCGGAAAAGUACGCGAGGUGGCCGGCGGUCAAGGACAAGAAGAUGAUCACCAUCCCCGGUUCAGACGAGGGAGACGCGGCGCCGCCCCAAGCCGAGCCGGGCCCGAGCCAGGAGUAUCGGUCCAACACGGAGAUACCGCUCUUCGUGUGCGGCGAUUUCAACUCGACCGAGGACUCAUCCGUCUACGAGCUGAUGUCGCUCGGCCGCGUGCCGCCGAACCAUCUGGAACUGACCAACUACCAGUACGGAAGUUUUACCCGCGACGGCAUCGAGCAUCCCUUCAGCCUGAGGGACGCGUACGCGCAUCUCAAGGGCACGGCUGACGAGCUGGCCUUUACCAACUACACUCCUGGAUUCUCCGACGUCAUAGACUACAUUUGGUACUCGACCAACACGUUGGAGGUCGUGCACCUGCUCGGUCCCGUCGAUCCCAACUACCUCAAACGAAUGCCGGCGUUCCCCAACUGGCACUUCCCAGCCGACCACAUCCAGAUCAUGGCCGAGUUCUUCAUCAAGCCCCGCAAGGACAAGAAGCAGGCGCCUGAGCGGGAGGUGGAUUUUGGAACCGGCUCGGGCGCAUCCCGCAGCUGA